UUUCCCUUGAUGACAAUUCAUCUUUUUAUAUAUAUCUUCAACCCUUCAACACAAGAAUUGGGAGAGAAAAAACAAAGGUUCAAUGGGAGGCAUUGCUUGGACUGAAGAAGAAGAUUACUUACUCAAGAAAUGCAUUGAACAAUAUGGAGAAGGGAAAUGGCAUCGUGUUCCUCAAUUGGCUGGUUUAAACAGAUGCAGAAAGAGUUGUAGACUAAGAUGGUUAAAUUACCUUCGUCCAAAUAUCAAAAGAGGAAGCUUUACACCACAAGAAGUUGACCUCAUUCUUAACCUUCACAAUAUCCUCGGCAACAGGUGGUCAAUUAUUGCAGGAAGAUUGCCAGGAAGAACAGCAAACGACAUAAAGAACUAUUGGAAUUGUCAUUUGAGCAAAAAGUUGAAUGGUCAGGGAGUUGAGAAGCCAAAUUCCACCAAAGAAGGAUCCAAUUUUGGGAAACAGUCGAAGUGGAAGCCACUUCAAGAAGAAAGCAGCAAAUCGAAAGGAAAAGAAUACGUUGAUGAUGAUCAAAAUAAUGAAAGCCAAGGAAUAUUGGUACAAAAUAAUCAGAAUCAAAAUACACAACCAAUUGUUGUUGAACAAAAUAGUAGCAUGAGUUUAGGAAAUAUGCAAAUGGACUUAUUCCAAUUUGAUCAACAAGUGCUCAAAGCAAUGGAGGAUGAAGAUGGCUGCAGUAAGAGGGAGCUUUGGGAUGAUUGGAUCUCAGAGAUGGAUCUUUGGAUUGAUUCUUUGUGAGAUUGAAGAAGGAAAAUUUUUAUAUAUUUUAGCUAUCUAUCUAUAUAUAUAUAUAUAUAUUUCUCUUGCAUGCAUGCAACAACUCUACAGCAUCUGAAUACUAAAGGUUGCACUUAUAUUAUCAUGGAAACAUCAAAUAAAACUUUGUUUGUGGUAACUA